CAAAAUGGCGUCUUUCACGGGAUAGUGCAUUUAUCCGCCGCACACGGGUUUCUCUAAAAAAUAUCGCGAAUUGACCUUUAGUUUGUGAAAAAACUGUUUGUGAACUGGUUUACAGUGAAUUUUGUGUUUAUAUUUAAGCUAAGUGAUAUAUGGGAUAACAUUUCAUCGUCAGUUAAAAUUUCCGCAAGCCACAGCAGCGGAGGGCGGUCACGAUGAGCAAAGACGGUUGAGGCGCCGCGCGUCGGUGACGACGCGCGCACACACACACAAACAUGUCUUUUUUUAACAAUCUCAAAAAGGUGCUUCACCUCGGCGGCGGCAAUGACGCCAAGAAGAAGAAGGUGUUCAGCAACAUCCGCGACAACAGCGACCCCGCCGAGCACUGGGACAUGAUCGGCGAGCUCGGCGAUGGCGCCUUCGGAAAGGUGUACAAAGCUCAGCACAAGACCACCGGGCAGCUGGCCGCCGCCAAGAUGUGCGUGCUGGACAACGAGGACGACCUCGCCGACUUCACGGUGGAGAUAGACAUCCUCUCCGAGUGCCGCCACCCCAACGUCGUCGAGCUGCACGAGGCCUACUUCAUCGACAACCGGCUAUGGAUGUUGCUGGAGUACUGCGACGGCGGCGCGCUGGACUCGGUGAUGUCGGAGCUGGAGAAGGGGCUGAGCGAGGCGCAGAUCGCGUACGUGUGCCGCGAGAUGUGCCGCGGGCUGCAGUUCCUGCACGCGCGCCGCGUCAUCCACCGCGACCUCAAGGCCGGCAACGUGCUGGCCACCAUGACCGGCGGGGUCAAGCUGGCGGACUUCGGCGUGUCGGCGAAGAACAAGUCGACGCUGCAGAAACACGACACGUUCAUCGGCACGCCGUACUGGAUGGCGCCCGAGGUGGUGCUGUGCGAGACCUUCCGCGACAACCCCUACGACUUCAAGGUGGACAUUUGGUCCCUAGGGAUAACGCUGAUCGAGUUCGCGCAGAUAGAGCCGCCCAACCACGAGAUGACGCCCAUGCGCGUGCUGCUCAAGAUACAGAAGAGCGACCCGCCCAGCCUGGAGCAGCCCUCGCGGUGGAGCAAGGCGUUUAACGACUUUGUGGCCAAGGCGUUAGUCAAGGACCCGGAGAAGAGGCCGACGUCGACUGAUCUGCUGAAGCACGAAUUCGUGUGCGGCGAGCUGGACUCCAAGCCGCUGCGCGACCUGCUGCUGGAGUACCGCGCCGAGGUGGUGGAGGAGGAGCUGCUCGAUGAUGACUCGGAGGAACACCGCAGCUCUCAGAUGCAUGUGGACAUGGAAGAUGACUCCACGUCCGUGAGGUCGGGCGACACUGCCGACAUCAAGAUGUCGGAGGCGGAGGCGGUGCCGGCGGCGCGCGCCGCUCCCCCCUCGCCGCGCGCCGCGUCCCCCGCGCCCGCGCCGCACGCGCCCGCCAAGCGCGCGCUGCCCGACGAGCCCGCCGCUGACAGGAGGCCGCCGGCACCAAAGAAGGAGAAAGGUCCCGCGCCCCCUCCCCCCGCCGUCCCCGCCGCAGUGGCCCCGCCCCCCUCGCCGCCCUCGCCCGGCCAGCCGUCGCAGCGGCCCGCGCGCAAGCAGCCCGCGCCGCCGCCGCCCGCCACGCCCACGACGCCCACUCCCGCGCCCAUCACGCCCACCGCGCCCACGCCCACGCCCAGCACGCCGCCGUCCGCCAUCGCAGGACACAUUGUGGAGCAGGUAUGCCGCGAAGCAGAAAAGGCGGUGGAAGACAAAACAACAGACAAAAUAGACAUCAAUGAUAUAGACAAACCAAAGCAAGACAGACUAGCAAAUGCAGAACCUUCUGCAGAGAAACUAAACGGACUCGCCGACCACAAGCCGAGCGAAGUCGACAAAGCGAGUCCUAUAGUCGACAAAAUAUCUUCCAUAGUCAACAAAACUACUCCGAUAGUCGACAAACCGACUACGAUAGACAAAACGAGUCCUGUACACGAUAAAACAAGUCCGCUACACGAUAAAAGUCCGGUACAAGACAAAACUAGUCCGGUACAAAACAAAACGAGUCCAGCACAAGAAAAUACAAGUCCGGCACAUGACAAAACUAGUCCGGUGCAUAACAAAACGAGUCCGGCCCACGACAAAACAAGUCCGGCACACAAUAAAGCUAGUCCGAUAGUCGAUAAAAUAAGUUCAGAUGUCAAAAAGGUUGUUGACGUCAAACGAUCUAGCAUAGAAAUCAAGGAAGUCACAGUAGACGUCAAACAAAGUCAAGACAUCAAGAAAACUGACGUCAAAAAGUCCAACGAACCAAAUGACUUGUCAGUCAAAAUGAGUACAGACGCACCGAAAACGCCUGAGAAACAAGACAACAAAUCCAAAGUGGAAGUCAGAAAGAGUGCCGAUGACGUCAGAUUAGAAAACAGAAAGGAUGUGAACAGGCGAAGUGUUGAUAUUAGCAAAUACGGUGAAAUGAGCAAAUCUAGUGUCGAAAUCAAUAAAUCCAAUGACGUCAGAGCAGAAGUAAGAGCUAUUUCAGAGCUAAUAAAAGGAGAUAAGAAAGAAAGAUCCAGAUCUAGUUCAACGGAGAUCGAUACUAAACGCGUCAGCGCUGAAGUGAGUAAGAUAGAGUCACGCUCUCGCUCCGUGGAUGACAAGGACAGGUAUAACGUUGAGGUGAGACGGAGCAAGGACUACUCGCGCUCCGGCUCCAUAGAGGAGAAGGAGAUUGAGAAAGAGACGCCGCCGAGUGCUGUGGAGAUACGUUCCGUUACGCCCCCGGCGCGCGCCGCCUCAGCGGUGACGGUGGUGGCGGUGAGCGCGGAGCCCAACUCGCUGGCCGCCGCGCCCGUCGGGCUCGUCACCGUCACCACCACGCACCCGCCCGUGCUCAACACCGCCGCACCGCUUCCACACAAUGCGGUGACGAUAUCCACCACGCCGCCCAUGGACGAGGUGGUGGUCGUGCGCGCCGGUUCGUCGUCCGACGACGACGCGUUCGCGCCCUCGUCGCUCGACUCGCUCGACUGUACCACGUGUUACACAGAGAAGAGUCGCGGACGGCGCCUGGACAGCAGCGAGGUGCUCAUACUGAGCCACGGCGCCGGCGACUCGGGCGUGUUCGACGACAGCCAGCACAACCACAUCAACCUGGACACGUCGCACGUGUCGGUGGUGACGGUGGGCGAGGAGGUGCGCGUGCGCGACUCGUCCGCGCCCCACGACCAGCGCGCCGCCCGCCUCAGCCCCGACAGCUUCGAGAGCGGGCGGUCGCAGUCGGACAGCGGGUCGGUGGCGUCGGAGCGGUCGCGGCGCGGCGACGCCGACUCGCUCGCCACCAGCGCCACCAGCGCCAGCCACGACUCGCACCACCUGCUCAACGGCGCUGCCAGAGUGAACUCGGAAAGCCAAGCGUUGGACACGGAGGAGGUGGUGCUGAGGCGGAAACCUCAAGACGGUCAGCCCAACAGGAUGCAAAGGUCCAAGGAAGACAUUCACAUGGCGAACCUAAAGAAGAAAACGAGAAAACGAACGAGAAAGUUCGAGAUAGAUGGAGUCAUCGUGACCACCACCACCUCCAAGGUUAUCUGGGGCGACGAGGAGAGCGGGCGCACGUGGGACGACCACGCGCUGCGCAAGCAGGAGCUGCGCGAGAUCAAGAUGCUGCAGAAGCAGGAGCAGAAGCAGUUCCAGGACCUCAACGCCAAGGAGCACCAGCUGCGUGAGCAGCAGGACAAGAGGUUCGAGGCCGAGCUGGCGUCCCUAUCGCGAGCCCACGAAGCGGAUUUGGACACAUUAGCGCGCGCACAGCGUGCGGCCGCCGAGCGCGCCGAGCAGCAACUGGAAGCCGAGCUGCGGCAGAACUCCAAGCGGCUGCGCGCUGAGCACGAGCGCGACCUGCGCCACUUCCGCGAUACUCUCAAGCAGGAGUUGCGGCUGCUCAAGCAGGAGGUGGAGCUGGUGAACAAGGAGCGGCGCAAGGAGGCGUACCGGCAGCGGCGCGCGCGGCUGGACGCCGAGCACGCGGGCCGCGAGCGCGCGUUCGUGGCGGCGCUGGCGGAGGCGGGCGAUGCGCUGCUGCGGCGCGUGCACGACAAGCACCGCGAGCGGCAGGCGCUGGCCGACCGCCAGUACCUGCAGCAGCGGCACCAGAUAAUGCGGACCCGGGAGGCGGCGCUGUGGGAGUUGGAAGAGAAGCAGAUCCACGAGCGGCACCAGCUCGCCAAGCGGCAGCUCAAGGACGAGUUCCUGCUGCGGCGCCACCAGAUGCUGGUUCGCCACGACAAGGAGCUCGAGCAGAUCAAACGGAAGAACAGCCGCAAGGAGGAGGAGCUGGCCAAGUGCCAGGCGCUGGAGAAGCGCUCGCUGCCGAAGCGCAUCCGCGCCGAGCAGAAGGCGCGCGAGAUGAUGUUCCGCGAGUCACUGCGCAUCGGCGCCAUGCCCGCCGCCGCCUCCGCCGAGGACGACCGCGAGCGCCUCAAGAAGUUCCAGGAGAACGAGAAACGUCGGUACAGAGCCGAGCAGCAGCGGCUGGCCACCAAGCACGCCAAGGCCAGGGAGGAGCUCAAGGCGCAGGGAGAGGCGCUGCUCCGCGAGCUGGAGCAGUACCAGAACGAGAAGCGCAAGGCGCUCAUGAACCACGAGACGGGCAAGGUGAAGGCCAUCGAGGAGCGGUACGCGCAGGAGCUCAAGGAGUGGCGCGCCACGCUCGCCGACAGGAAGGCGGGAUUGGAAGAGGAGUUCACAGCACAACUAGACGAGCAGGAGAGGCAGGCGGCGAACGCCCGCCUCCCUCCUCCCACCACCAGCAUGCCACAGCACAGCUCGACGCUACAUUCGUCCAGAACUAGUCUAGCGUCCAGCCAUUACGAUUGACAAAUAAAUGCAAGUCCGCGGUAAUCGGCUCUUUGACUAUAACAGAAGUAUCACAUCUUAUAGGUUAGAACCUAACUUAGAUUUAGGGCCUUAUCAUACUAGCGGUUUUGUAGUGAAUUAACGACGUAUAUUCAGUUACUAAAUGGAUUCUGAAGAGGAAACACAGAUUUUUUAUUUAUUAAAAUUUAUUUAAAAAAAAAAAACAGAUUUCUGGCUUAAAAACUAUUGCUUAUAAUGUUUGUAUUUUUCUUUCCAAACCAAAUCAUCGCAGGUUAAUUUUUCGUCGACCAGUUAAUAUUUUUAGUUCGUUAUGAUGAUGGGCCUAAGAUUUGAAAAGAUCGUAAAUUUUGCGUCCGAUUUCGAAUGAAAGUAUAAACCUGCCUAUGCUCAUUAGACCUAUUUAUGUCACCAUAAAAUUGUAAACACCGUUAGAUUAUAAUCUAUCGCGCGAGAUUGUGAACCGCAACAUACUGCCUUCGAUCUUCUAUUCAAAAGUGGAUGCACAAUCAGCGAUCGAAAAACGUCCCCACUCAAUGAGUGCCAAACACAACUUCUUGGCACUCAAUUCAAGUAGUUGCAUUUGCAGAUUCAACCUUAAACUCAAUCCUUAAGGUUGAAUUUGCUCUGAAUUUGGGAUUUUAUCGAAUAUUGGACUAUAUUUAAAGGCCUUUAGGUAUAAUUUUCUUUACCAAUAAUUCUAAAACUGUCAAAGCAAAAUUGGCCAGUUUUUAAGUGAAAUUUUCUACAUGAUUGUGCGUCCUUUUAUUAUAAGAGGUAAAUGCAUACUGCUUACAAUUUAACGUGUUAUUAUUCGGUAGAUUGUAAGGAAGUACGUACAAACACUAAAAAAAAAUACCUAACCUAACCUAACCAUUGCGUUUUGAGUUACUCAAGAUCCGGUUCUUUGGAAUAUGUUGCGGUUAUAGUAUAAAAUGUCGUUGGCGCUUUUAGUAUAAUGUUUUCCAAAAUGGCGACCGCCGCGACGUUAGUUCCACUUUUGGCCACCGGGGUAGAAAAGUUUGUGGCGCUUUAAGAUCCUAUCUGUAGGAUACAAAUUCUUUAAAAAAUAAAAGUGUAAACUGGUCUAUGGUUUAUAAAAAUAAUCUAACUUUUAAUCACUGAGCAGAAGGAAAAUUAAGCAGAAAAUGUGUGACGUGAACAAUACCUUAGAAUUUCUAUUGUUAUAAAUUACUUUACUACUAAAUAAUCUGAUUUAGUAGUAAUUUAAUUUUUACGUGAAACGGAAUGGAAAUCCAGCAAUGGUGACGUCGUAGACAGAGAACUCAAUAGACGAUUGGUGUUUUUGGUAAAUAAAAAUAUAGCGACGUACAAUGGACAACCCUUAGUUGCCAAGUGCGGAAAAGACCCAGGAAGGACACGAAUAUCUUAGCAUUCCAUGGAUUCACAGUGCGGUUGCCGGGUCCAUCGCGUGGUAGAGAAUAACUCCGAGCAGAGUCCUAGACUUGUGACCAAAGAACGUAGGGUUAAGGAAUUUCUUGACAACCGAUUAACACUCAGCUUCUCUCGUAAAGAAGUUAAGAAUACACGAAUUUACUAUCAAAAAAGUAAAUGUGUAAGGUUUUCUCUUUUUUAAAAGAAUGCGAUAUAUGCUUUCAGACUAUCUAUUUACUUCUCUGUCUACAGCUAUCAUGUUGCUCAUUAUGACAAAUUAAAUUAAAAUUAGACUCCGCGCUACGAAACAAGUCCUAUAGGGACGGCGCUAAUGCCUUAAUGACACUCAUUGUCAUUUGGUAAUGGUCUUAUCGUCAAUUUUAGUUCAGGUUUUAGCCGAGGGACUUCUUUCGUAGCGCGGAGUCUAUCUAGAGGCAUAAUGUAAUUUUUAAAUAUAACGACGGAAUGGUGUUUUAAAUAACGGCCUAUAUGUAGCACAAUAAGAUAUUUGCAUGAAAUUUGAGCUUAUUUCGUCCUAAUACUUGUUGGUAUUGAUGAUUUUUGUAAGUGCCAAAAUUUACGAGCAUUUAAGACUUAACUGUAACCAGUAACGAUGGCUACUUAAUAAUUGUGUAAAUUAAAAACAUAUAAUAAUGAAAUUUUUAAUUUAAAUUGUAUGAAACUGUCAAUAAAGUAUGUGUGAUUUUAUCCAAAUAUUAAAAUCGUGAGAUAUGGCCUUUACAAGUUUACUAAAAUAAGCUAUUGCUGCCAGCUAGCCAAUGACGAAGCUAAUAAUACAAAUAAUAAAACAUGUAUGAGGGUGUACAAAAGUAAUAGAGAAUUUUUUUUUUAAUAAUAAGGGUCUGGGUUCUAGCCCUUUUGAGCCCUCUUUAAUAGAGAAAAAACCACAGGUAACAAUAUGAAAAUCGUGAAGUAUAUGCCGUCAAGCAUAGUUUACAAGCUAUCGUCAAGUUUGACUAUUUGUAGACUCUACUACCGGGUUCGGAAGGCAGUUUAUAGAACUUAAAUCUUAUGUAGAUGGCUUUCUUGCGAUUGGUUGCUUGCGUAACUGUCAAAGCGAAGCUUUACUGGGUCCAAUAACAAGUGUUUGAAGCCAAGUUAAACAUCAAUUCUCUCUCUAUAAACUCUAACGCUUCGAUAACUAAAAAGAAAAUGGGAAUGACAACCGAUUGAUAGGUUGAUCACGUAAUCUAUCGAUAACUAAUGUUAUUUUGUAGUUUUCGUAGCGUUAGCUAAUGUGACGUGACGUGUAGCAGCGACAAUGAUUGUAAUAUUAAUUUGUGGUAGAGGAAACACAUCGAGCAGGUCCCGGGACUUGUGACUUUGGGUGUAGGUUUAAGGGGGGAACCCUUACAACACAAAACGUUACAGCGACUGGCAGCGUGACGGUGUCUACGCUGCCUAACAAACAACUGAGCUCAAGUCAUCAAAUACCCUCUUAUUUAUACCAAAACUGAUACCUCCCCUGUGUGUGUAAUCGAAAAAGAACGAACACUAAGAAAUAAAGAGAAUUGAUGUCUUGGCUACGAACCAAGGAAGAUCCAUGCGGUAAACUAGUUUCAGGCCAUGUCUUCGAUUGAAAAGUUUUGCGUCAUGUAAAUUAUUGUAGUUAGCAACAAGGAAUUGAAUAUAAAACGCGGUGCAUUUCGAGACUGCUUGUUUGUAACGCCAGCGCGGUGCUUGUAAUUAAGUACAUAAGACAAGCUGGGUAACUUAAGUAUAAUAUAACUAUAAUUGUUGAUUUAUGAAAUGUUCGGGGGGUUAUUAAAACUCGAGUGAUUUUUUAUAACGAACGAAGUUUAUGUACGAUAUUUGGUAUUAUUAUAUCGAUAUCGAAUGUAUAAUGAAAGAAGAUGGUCCAAAGUUGUAUGUAGCCCAGGAUCAGUCAUUGUACCCUGGCGGAAAUAAAAGAAUUUUUUUUUUAACUAUUUUUGAUUACACAAAUCUACGACUUUACUUUAAUUCUUUCAAAAUAAUAUUCAUAAUCUCCCAAGAAAUGCAAGAUUAUUAUGGGUAAUAAUGGCGGAUAGAUGACGUUUUCAAUGCAGUAAUCGAUUUGACGUUUGCUGUUGUCAUGUCAUAGUUGCUCUAUGGGAGCCAUGUUGGUAUAACUCAAAAACUUGGGUUUUUAUUUUAUUUUAUUUUUUUUAUUUAGUUAGAUUUAUUCACUUUAAUAAAUUUUAAUAAAAUCCUUGUAUUAAUUAAAUUUUAAUGAUACGGGUACAAGAGUGGAUCUGAAAUGGACCAUCUCCUUUGUCAUGAAGCGGAGGUUCUAUAGGUUCAAAAGGUUGAGAAAAAUAAAAAUUCAAAGGGUCCAGAAAAAUUAAAAUUCUAAUUCCUCAAAACUUUGUAUUAGGUACUAUAAGGGAUUAUAGUUACACUGUAUUUCAAAAUUACCUAGCUUGAUUUUAUGUUUUUUAUUGUAGGUAAAUAAAUUGUAAUUAAAAUUAUAUAAAUUGAAAUGGUUAAUGAAUAUAAAUACUUGGGACCUGAGUUAGUAGCAAAAUACUGUACAGAUGAUAAAUAGAUAAAAACAUGUCUCAAUAUUAAGCUAUAAUAUAUCAUAAAAAGCUCUAACUGUAACUCCAAAAAUUUAAUGUUUCAGACAUUUCAGUUUUCAUUGCUGUAAAAUUUCUUUUGAAAAAAAACCUGGCCUGGCAACAGGAAAGAAGUCAGAAUACCAUAGACUAAAUGUGCAAAAUGCUAGAAUCCACAGCUUAAAGUGACUUGAAACAUAAUACAUUCUUAAAUAAAUAUUUUUGCCGCUAACUCAAGUAUCAAGUCGUUUAGGUCCAAGCAAUAAUUUUUUCAUAAAUGUGUGUUUGUGCGUGAGUUAUUUUGAUAUCGGUGUGUAUUUACAAUUUAUGUCAUAAAAUCUCUUGAAUUGAUUAACAAAAUAACGUAGAAAGGUUUCUGCUAAAAACUAUUUGGCCUUGGCGCUCCAUGAAAGUAUUGUAUUUUAGUUUUAUGUAGUUGUGACAUCAUAAUUAACAAAUAUGGCCUAGAAUGGAACGAAUUCAAUUUAAUAAAUAAUAAUCUAAGUAGAUGGCGCGGUCCUUCUGUUCUGUUAUACUUCAGAAUAUUAAUAAUAUUAAUGAAAAGAUACCGCUUUGUGUGUAUCAUUAAUUAAUAACAAAGACUUUAUUUUAGAUAUCGAAAAUGUAUACACAUUUUCACGGUUAUAGUAUGCGCCGAUUUUCUAGUCCGAUCUGAGUUUGAAACACGCCGAACUGCGCAGUUAUUUUUCCUUUCGCAGUCAUACUUAUACGCCUCGUGUUCAGAUCGGACUUGAAGUUUGGUGCAUACUAUUGUUUGAACUUUUCUGACAGUUUUUCUAUCAGUGUUAUGUUUCAUCUAAUUUAGGAUUAAUUUUGGUAGUUCACUUAUAUAUAUAUUUUUUAUUAGUAUGUAAGUAUUUUUUUUUUUAAUAAUUGCGAGUUGUUUUUAUAUAAUUACUAGCGGACGCCUGCGACGUGCGUGAGACUCGAAAACUUUCAACUAUCCCCACUCUACUCCUACCCCUUUUUAUUUUAUUUCUGCCAUAAGAACCUUUUCCUUACAAUAACAAACACAUAAAAAAAAAAUAGUGAAAUCGGUCCAGCCGAUAUGGAUUCAUUUUUAUAUAAAAAGAUGUAGGUUUUAUUUUGAUACUAAAUAUUUAAUUAUUGUACGUGGUUCUAUAUUUGGCAUUGACUUAAUACCUAUAGACGUAGCCAUAUAAUUAUGUUGGAUGUGGGAUUGAGAAGCGUAUUUACGAAUUUUAUGAGGAAGUUGAGACAAAAAGUAUUAUCUUCUGUCUCUUAGGCCGUGGAAGUUUUCUUUGUUUGGCUAACUAUCAGUUAGCCAAACAAUUUGCUGUCAAGUUGUGCGUUGUGCGAAAUUUUCUUGUUUAUUAUUGUUUGUUAGAUUUUUAAGAUUGUUUUAAUGUACUUGUUAGAAAAGGACUCCAUUAGUAAGAUGUAGUGUUAUUUAUAAUGGGAGAAUGCAGUGUUUUAAGCUGUAAAAGCCGCAAGGAAACGGAGGCAGAGGAAGACACUCUUCACUAGUAAGUAUGUAAAAAAUUAAGGUUAUAGUUUAUAGAACAGAUAAAAAUAUGAUUGAACAAAUAAAUCAAUAAACAAUUUCCAUUAAAUAACGUAGAUUUUAACGAAAUAUGGCAUUUUUCCUUUAACAUAACCUCGUAAAAACAACUUAGAGUGUUGCCAUGACUUUAUAAAGAUUUUCCACUAAAUCAAUUUUUAAUUAAUAAAAAAGAAUAUUAAUUUUUUACUUUUCUGAUGACGGAUCAUUAGUGCAGCUCUUAAGAUCUACUUUUGCUAAUACUCAUAACAAAUGGAAACAAUAUAUCUAAUUAUAUUAUUAAUUUUAUUGCAGGUUUCCCAAGGAUAUACAUUUUAAACAAACAUGGAUAAUGGCUACUGGUCAUCAAAAUUGGCAGCCUAAGAACUUUUUUUUAAAUUUGCUCUAUUCAGUUUGAGAAGGACACAAUCAAUAUGUAAUUUGGAUUCAUAAAACUAAUAAAACUUCUAAAAUAAAUUAGAUUUUUUAAUUAACCCAGAUAGGGGGCCGAAAAUUGUCCAACAGGGAAUCGAACAUUUAUAAUUUGUUUCGGUUCAUAUUUACAUUCUUUGGUUUCGGCUAUAGGUUAACCAACUAGUUUUACCAGUUAACACGUUCGAUCAUCCCAUUGGACUAUUGCUGACACAAGCUUUUUACUUUGAUGAAGGGAGUUGAAUUCACUACUAAAAAAUAAAUAAAAAAGAAGUUCGGGAACUUGUUUUUAAGUCAUAAUAUUUAUGUGUAAACGGUUUCAGAUAAAAUAUUAAUAUAGCUUUCUCAAAAUUCGAAUUUAACCAAAUUUAGGGAAAAUUUUAAGUAAUAGCAACAAUUCAGUUAUGUAUUGUUGUUUCAUGUGCGGCUACACGGUGGUUACAUCUAUAGGUAUUUUAUCUAAGAUAUUUGGUAUGUGGUUAUGGUUCAUUGUGUGGCACUUUACUUUUAAAGAAAAAAAGUUAAACUUCGUAGGUUGAGCUACCAAAAAUUAUCAACUAAUAAGUAAUCUUUUGACAGAGGCGGCUUGUCAUUUUUCUGCAAAGACUGUGAACUGCUUAACUGUCAGAAAAGUAAAACCUGGAGACCGUUUUAGUCAACUUGAGAAUAAACUCGAAAUAAAAAACAUGUAUAUUUUGUACAGUUGUUAGAUGGAGUGAAAAUAUAGUCAGUUUGAAUAGAUCGCCGACUGACAUGUAGAUAUAGGAGAAAAUGAAUAUUUUUUCAUGUACAUACAGUAUUUGUGUAUUUUUUAAUUAAUGUGCCUACUUAAUUUAUAAAAGACUUGCGUGUGGCCGCGUUCUUUUUACCACGACCACAUAGAGUAAGUAGGUUUUAUUGUAAAAUAAAAAAAACUAACCAUUUUGUCUAUGGAUUUGUUUUUAGGUAUAAAAAUGGCUAAUCUAUUUUUAUGUAUGGAAAUAUUAUUUUAUUACUACUUGCUACUUAUUUUAUUAUUAUUAUUAUAGAAGUUUCUGAUCGUAUUUUAGAUACAAACCUUUUUAUUUUGAAUUUUUCAAUGUUUACGGUAAACCAAAGACGACUUUCCAAUAUAUAAAAAAGCUACAUAUCAAUUCAAUAUUAUAUUUUUUGCAAAAAAACGAAUGAACAAAAUUUUAUUCCGUCGAUCCUUGCCUGGAUAAUUUUAUGUAAUUCUACAAAGUGACGGGAAUACAUUCAAAAUAAGUUAAAUAUCCAGCCUAGCUGUUUUUUUGUCCACAUCCCAAUACGCUUAAACCAAAAUGGUCUUAUGUACAAAAAUGUAGAAACUAUUUGCUCGGAUCUUCUUUAUUAAAGUAUUUAUUUUUUUAAAAAGUGAAUUUUCAAUUUGAAAUAUAAAGGGUGAUGCGGGGAGGAAAAUAUUGUUUAAUAUCCAUUGUACAAUUUUGCAAUAUUUUAUAUUUAAAUAUGUAUAAAAAUUUAUUUCAGAAAUCUGCUCAAAUUAAAAUUUUAAGGACCCUGCCACACCCGAUGUAGUAUUAUCACCUAAAUGUGCUCCACUUUUAAUAUUAUAAGAACAAAAUAUAGAUUAGAAAAAUUGCCAGAUAGAUUUAUGCAGUUGUGUUACAAUAAUCAUAUUCUUAAAAGACUGGAUUCCAGGACUUGAAAAAAAUUAAAAAAAAACAUUCAUGAACCAUAGACAUUACUAAUAUUUUUUGUAACAAAACUGCAUCUUUUAUCUGCUUUUUAGAAAUUUUAUCAUCGCUGUCAUUUAAUAGAGAAAGAGAGAGAUUCCAUUAGUCCGUACUAUUGUAAUUAAAUAAUAAUAUUAUAUUAAUGAUUUCAUUUAGAUAAACUGGGAGUCCAAAAUUAUUUGUCCAUUAAUAGAAACUUAUAUGUUUUAGUUAGAUAGUUCUGUAAAUUGUAAAACUUGCAUUUUCGCGUUAUAACAUUGUCUGAGAUUACCGCAGUAUUGAAGCAGUAAUGUUUUUUUUUUUAGUAAUAAAGCCGUAGCCAUUUUUAAUGUUAAUCUUAUUAUUUUAAUAAUAUUAUUUUUGUCUAUAUGAAGUAAAUUAUUGUUACAUCAUUACGAGAUAUAAAGAACUUACUUUGUA